AUGGGACGGUUCGGGGGUGUUACAAGCAGUGGUUGCAAUGAGAAUGAUGUCCUCAAAAGAGCUCAUGAGAUUUUCUUCAACAACCAUAAGAAGAAAUUCACUUUGGAGCAUGCUUGGAAGGAAUUGCGAAACGACCAGAAGUGGUGUGAAGUGUCAAGUGCUAAAAAGGCAGGAACCUCUAGGAAAAGGAAGUGUGAAGACGGUGCAGACUCAUCGGCUUCUCAACCAUCUGAAAACAAGCGUCCCGCGGGUGUUAAAGCAUCAAAGGCCGCUGGGAAGAAGACUAUGAGUGAAGAGAAUUCUAUGAAUCGGUUUCAAAGUAUGCGGGACAUUAAACAGAAGGAGUUGGAAGUGAAGGAAAGGUUGUCAAAGAUGAGUAUACUUGACUCUCUUAUUGCAAAGAAAGAACCUGUAGCUGACUAUGAAGAAGCCCUCAAGAAGAAGUUCAUCAGUGAAGACAAGGUGAAGACAGUGUCACGGAGUGGAGCAAUCAGAAUCACUGCCUUUGUAGUAUCUGGAGUCUUGUGUCACGUUGUCUCUGUUUCAAGACAGUAUCACGGAGUGGAGUAA